AUGCCGAACCAGAAAGGGAAAUCAGCAAAGCAGUACGACGCCAUGAGCGAUACUAAGAGUGAACUUGAUGAGUCUUUGGAUGUGCCGCCUCCCUAUGAAUUGCAUUCAUCUGGCACGGUGCUCGCGAGCUCUGCUGCGGUCAAUGAACAUGGGUCCUUGGAUAUCACGUUUUCAUCUAUGGCCCCGGAAGAGGUCAACCGUCUCUUACCUCCUCCAAAGACACAUCAGCCAGAAUCCAUCGCAGAGUCUUCAACUACCCCACAACAACCUUGUCCUAACCUCAACGUUGUGAUUCAGGUCGUAGGAAGUCGAGGUGAUGUGCAACCAUUUAUUGCCCUUGGAGUUGCUCUCAAACGGUAUGGUCACAGGAUCAGACUUGCCACUCAUGAAACAUUUUCAGACUUUGUUCGGUCGUCUGGCCUUGAGUUUUACCCGAUUGGAGGAGAUCCUGAAGAUCUCAUGGCUUACAUGGUCCAGAACCCAGGUCUCAUCCCAUCGAUGCAGAGCCUUCGUGGCGGCGAUAUUGGUCGGAAACGUGUCAUGAUUCGUGAAAUGCUCAAAGGCUGUUGGAACUCUUGUGUUAAGCCUGACCCUAUCUCAUCUCAAGCUUUCGUUGCCGAUGCCAUUAUUGCAAAUCCGCCAAGUUUUGCUCAUGUUCAUUGUGCCGAGGCCUUGGGUAUUCCGCUUCAUAUCAUGUUCACGAUGCCCUGGACGGCAACGAGAUCAUUUCCACAUCCAUUAGCAAACGUCCAGUCACAAAACAUGGACCCCAAGGCAUCUAACUACCUCAGUUAUGGCGUCGUUGACUUGAUGACCUGGCAAGGCCUGGGCGACGUGAUAAACGCCUGGAGAGCCAAAGAUCUGGAGCUAGAGCGACUCCCCGCCGCUGUUGGCCCAGACAUUGUUGAGAUUAUGAAGAUCCCCCAUACUUACUGCUGGUCACCAGCUCUUGGCCACAAACUAACGAGUUUAGACAUUUCUGGUUUCUUCUUGCGCGACGAGCCUUCUUACACGCCACCCAGCGAUCUUGAACGAUUCCUAUCUGAUGGCCCUCGACCAGUUUACAUCGGGUUCGGCAGUAUCGUCAUAGAAGACCCGAUAGAAAUGACGAGAAUCAUUAAAGAGGCUUGUCUACGGGUCGGAAUCAGAGUCAUCAUAUCCAGAGGCUGGAGCAAACUUGGAGGUACAGAUUCUAAUACUGACUCAGUAUUUUACCUGGGAGAUUGCCCUCAUGAAUGGCUUUUCAAGCGUGUUGCUGCUGUUGUGCAUCACGGCGGAGCAGGUACUACAGCAUGCGGUCUUAUCAAUGGGCGACCGACAACAAUCGUCCCCUUUUUCGGCGAUCAACCUUUCUGGGGAGGCGUUGUUGCAUCUAACGGAGCAGGUCCACAUCCCAUUGCUUACCGCAGCCUCUCAGUUGAUAACCUGAGCGAGGCCAUUCGGUUUUGUCUUAGCCCUGAAGCUCAAAAGUCAGCAGAGAUUAUAGCAUCUCAGAUGCGUCAGGAAAAGGGCGUCGAACAAGCUGUCAACUCGUUCCAUCGACAUCUUCCUUUGGGUGACAUGUCUUGUAACCUUCUCGAACAGCGCGUUGCACGAUGGCGGUACAGUAAAACCAAAAAUGCCAACCGAAGCCCUAUUCGGGUGUCGGAUGAAGCACUCCAGAUCCUCCUCCAGUCGAAGAAAGCCAAGACGGGAGACUUUAAGCUACAUCGACACAAGGACUACCGCAUCGAGAAUCAGCGUUGGGAUCCUUUGACCGCUGGAGCUUCGUCUGUUCUGGGCACAAUGACUGACUUCACAACCUCUCUGGGAGGCACCUUUAUCGAUCCUUUCAAAGAAAUGAAACGUGUUCGACAGGAUGGAUCACAGACUUCUGUAGGGGCAGCAGCAGCGUUGGCAGCCGGGAAAGGAAUGCAGGGGAUGACAACGGCUGUGGUAAAAGGGAGCUUGGUUGAUUUUCCCUUGGCUUUGGCCGAAGGGCUUAAGAAUGUGCCUCGUUUAUACGGAGAGGAGGUUCGAGAUCAUGGCCCAGUCACUGAUUGGAAAAGCGGUGGUACAGUCGCCGCAAAAAAUUUUGGCUAUGGCUUCUAUGAAGGCAUCACAAAUAUUGUUACCAAACCCAUAAAAGGCGUCAAGGACGAGGGGACUAUGGGUUUCCUGAAGGGAGUUGGAAAAGGUUCAGUCGAUAUGAUCGCAAAGCCAGGCAGCGCAAUGUUUGGGCUACUCGCAUAUCCGGCUCAGGGUAUUUACAAGAGCGUGAAAUCUCAACAGAGAAGCAAUGUCAGGCGGUCAAUGGAACAAGGUCGUACCGAGACCCUGAAGACUUCGCAACAUAUCAGUUCUCAAGGUCAGCAUGAGCAAGUUGUCAGGAGGUUCCAAGAACUCAACACAUAG